AUGUCGGCUGUCCGCGCGACGGCCCUCAGAGCCGGCGGCGCCUGUGUGCGCUGUCGCAAGGGCAAGACCAAAUGCGUCUACGAAAACGGGCGCGCCCCCUGCAAGAACUGCUCAAAGGGCAUGCACGAGUGCUACCUGCCGUCCGAGUCCAUGAGCCACGGUGGACAUGGCGUCUCUCCCGCGCGCGCUGCUCGCGCACGCGAGACUCUGCCCAGCGAGCGAGCAUCCGGAGCUGCCACCGGCGACCGCCACGGCUCUGCCCACCCGACCACAGUCGCCUCGCGUAACUCGGCGCCUGCAACCGAAAAGCUCGGCCCGGACAUGCUCGAGCAGUGUGAGAGGGUCAUCAACAAGGUCCUGCCGGCAUGUGUCGCCUUCCACAGGCCAUCAUUCAUCCAGUCCCUCAGGAACAAUGGUGUUGACAGCGUCAUGGUCAAUGCGCUCCUGUGCACUGCUGCUCGACACUCGCCAACCCUUAUUCAGCGCUUCGGUAGGGGCCAGGGCUCCUCGCAGGCAGCUGAGCACUUUGGCCUCAAGGCCAGCAAUUUCAUCUGGCUUUCGCUCGACCAUCCCACGCUUGCAGAUAUCCAGGCCCUCUGCCUGAUGGUCAUCCAUGAAUGGGGCUCCAGGAGCGCUGUGCGCGCGUACAUUUACCUCGGCCAAGCUGCUCGCAUGGCCCAGAUGUACCGUGUUGUCCAUUCCAACGGCCAUUCGACCGAUCCAGACCGGUUCCUCCAGGAAGAGUCUUUCCGUCGGACGCUGUGGCUCAUCUAUAUCCUUGACUGCUUUUUGACAAGCAGCCCUGGGCGCUUUCCCGCACUUUCCGCACUCGACGUCAAGGAUGUGGCACUUCCGUGUGAAGAUAUGAACUUUAACUUCGGAAACCCGGUUUACGUGCGAACCCUGGACGGGAGUGCGCCUCCCGCCGCCCCUAAUUCCGCCAUUAUGGCCCCCGUCGGCGAAUUUGGGCACAUCGUCCUAGCCACCGAGGCGUGGCGCAUGGUCGUGGAGAUGAUGACCACCACCACCCUCGAGACUUUCAGCGAGGAGCAGUGUCAGAUGCUCGAGGUCAAGGUCGCCCAGGUUCGGGCUAACCUACCUCAUCCCUUUGCCGACAGGCCAGGUCAGAUGGAAUUGCAUAUCACCAUGGGUAGUGGCGUGACUUAUGCCAUGAUACAUCUCCUCUUACACUGCGCCGCCAUCUUCAUCAACCGGCGUCGCAUACUUCAGAUCGUCAGUUCAGAGAACUUCAGCAUGGAAGGGUGGCGCAUGUCUAGCCAGAGCCAGAUGCAAUAUGUUGAGCGCAUUCUGGAAUCUUCCCACAGUAUCAUUUCCAUGCUUACGGCUCUCGAGAGGGCCACUGAGCCUACGGCAGUAUGCUGCCUGCCGAUAUUCAUGCUGUUCUCUGGUUUUACGGCCGGAUCAACCGUGGCAUACCUGGCCCUCAAAGGGCUGUCUCCACCUCACACACACGACUCUAUUCACCUUAUGGUGGACAAGUGCCUCCAUCUCAUGAAGGACGGUGCAGAGUCUUGGAACCUGGUCCUGCCAUGGCACCGUCACUUGAGCGUCAUGAGUAGAGUCCUGAACGAUAUCAACAUUGGAGAUGAGCAGGAGAGGGUGAGCGAGGACAGCCGCAUGCAAAUUCAGCGAUCACCAUCGGUUAAGGACGAGAGGGUGAGCCGUGCUGAUGCGCACCAUGAACCAAUGGACUACGAACAGGCGCCAGCGUCAGGCGCAUCCCAGUCCGCACCACAGGGUAGCGCUCCACGUGCCUCUUCCCCGGAUCCCCCUCAGGCCGCGCCUCCUGCGCCCAUGGACAGCCGCGACAGCGAGCCUCCGAGACCUCGGCCAUCCGGAGUCACCACUAUCAAUGGAGGCUCUGCUGGGGGCUCCACUCCCGCGGCUCUAGGAUCCCCCCCAGCAGCUCCCCAGGACGUCAAGCCGGAAUACAAGCCUGACUCCCCAGUUCCCGCUUCCAACGGUUCGAACGCUGGCGGUUCGGGAUCGGCCCCUCCCCCUGCCAAGGAAAGCAGCGGUUCUGGAGUCGAUAUGACACCGGUAGAACUCUGUGCGGCUUUCGAGCGACAACUCCUCGAGCUGGACGAUCUUGCCGCGUUUAUGGGAGGCGGAGUGGCUCCUGCCCCCAAAUAA